CCUGUCUUCAACAAUUAAGGCUCGCAGAUGGCUCAGCUGGCAACCGUCUCGCUCGUCAAAACUCGAAUAGGAAGCACCUAUGCUAACUGAAACUGACAGAAUCGUGUGCUAGUCUUGUCCCUCUCGCUGCACACGGGUUGCUGGCGGUGCAAAGAGCCCCCCAACCUAAACUUUGCAUCUCCCAUCAAGUAUUGCUAGCCUUGCUUUCUCUGUAUUUGCCCGGUUUAGCCAGCGUGAUAGCGGCUGGGCAACUAACUUUGCUCUCACUUGCUUACCACCCUCCCCCCAUGUCUGAGUUCUGUUCAUGUUCGCACGAGCACCACCCGACCGUCAGUGUAAGUAACUCCCCCUACCUACCCAAGACGUUCGAGUUCGAGUCGCCAGACGAGCCAUCGCGAGAUUCUUCUUUUUUGACAUUUCUUCAACCCCAUGUUGGCACCCAUGACCAGGAACAUGUUAUUCAAACCCUUCACAACGAGUCGGUGUUGGGAGCUCGUUGGUUUCGUAAUGUAUGCGAUAGCUCGCCACAUGGAAGUGAAUCUCUAUUUUUGGCUUCAGGUGGCCUGAUGGUUCAUAGUGGUCACCCGGCCCAGUGUCCUCAAGCAUGGGACGUGCAAGUGAGUUCCCUCGCAACCCAGCAACCCAGCACCCCAACAGCCCAAACUUUGGCACGUUUUGGAAGGCUCUUUCAGGUGACCCCUUUUCUCGAUGAGCACAGAGGAGGCGGCAAAGGCCUUGGGAAUACCCGAUUUACCAAUGCGCCUUGUAUCUGAACUACACGUCUAUACGCUUACAAAACGUCUUUUGGAUGAAGCAGCUAGCCAAGAGAGUACUUUACCUUGAAGUGCCAUCUCGGCAUGUUGCUAUUGACCCCUCUGGUAGUAACAGCCAACAUCGAUCUCUACCCAUCUUUGCUGCAUGCUU